GAAAAGCCCAGAAUGGGACUCAGGAGCUGUUCGCACUUCGCCUCGCUGGUGAUUCCACUCUGGGUGUUGGCUCUGUACUUCUUGUUCGUAGUGCCGGAAGCAGCACAAGCAACCAGUCUUGAUAUCGGAAAGGAAGAAAGGCGGGUGCAAGACCUGGAGUCAAAAAUAGGGGCUGAAGCGGGACAGUCCGGCGGUAACAUUGUGGGACUUUCGCUUUCCGGGCUCGGUAACUCACACAACAGAGUGGGCUUUGGAAACAGAGUGCCACUGUUUUCCCGUCCUCUGAUACCUAUCGAACUGGACCUGCUGCUGGACAAUGAUGACGAUCGGACGAAAGCGAAGCGCUUCGAUGACUACGGCCAUAUGAGGUUCGGCAAGCGCGGAGGUGACGACCAGUUUGAUGACUACGGUCACAUGCGAUUCGGUCGGUAAUUCAAUUUAAACGAUUUGGUGACGAGCGGCCAACCUGAGUGAUGUGCUUUUGUAAAUAGCUUUUAUGCGAAUAUACCAUAAUUUAAUGCUACAACCAUAGAACAUAAUAAACUAGCGCAUUUCAAA